AUGGGUCGCUGGGGAAUGCGAAUGUUCGAGGGCGAUCGAGACCUGGACAUCGCCGUGAAGAUCAACAGCGCCUUGUGUGACAGUGGCCACAAGGACCUGAACCUAUCCGCGAUGGUUCACCAGACAGACAUGCUCGCUCCCGAAGAGGCGAGGGCUUUCUACGAGACGGAUGAGUACAAGAAGCAGCUCGAGGCCACUGUUUCCGAUUGUCGCACCACCCUCGACAGCGGAGUCGGUGACGAGCUCUUCAGGACCCUCCGCAAGAAGGAGAGCGAGCCCAACGGCAAGUACCAAGUCAUCAUCCUCGGCGCCAUCAUGCUGCGGGCUGGGGCCGUGAUCAAGGACGACGACCUGAACCAUCUCCGUGAGCUUGUGGGCGAUGUCGCUUGCCGCGACGGCCUUACUCCUGCGCUGCGAGGCAUCUCUGGCAAACCUUCGGCCUUGAGGUUGCUAGCAGCCGGUCGUGAUGACACAGACACGGGCUUCAGGCACCCUGGAAAGGUCCAGUUCCUCACCGCGCUUGAGCGCUACAAGCCCGGAGUGCCUCGAAGCUUCCAAGAGCCAAGGCAAGUAACCAGUUCUUUCCCCGAGCAAUGGCCACGGUGCUGA